AUGGUGAGCACGGCCAGCCUGGAGCAAAGACUAAGUGUGAUUAAGCACAGCGUGACUGCAGCCGGUCACGCGGCGGGCUGGCCCCUGUCGCUGCUGCCCGAGCACCAGCCUGUGUUGCUCGGCCCAGCCGGGAGGCUUCCCCCGACACCUGGGCCUUCCCUGCAGCCGGCCCCGCCCCCUGUCGCGCAGCAGGGACCGCUGGCCGCGACCAGGGCUGCGCAGGCGGCGCCAGACCCGGGCCUCUCCGCCUUGCAGCGCCGAGAGCCCAGUGCCGGGCAGCGGCCACCGGCCGAGGUUGCAGAGCUGGGCAGGUCCCGGGUCUCACCUCCUGUCCGGGUUGGCCCGCCUGCUCGCCGUCCCGGAUGCUGCCACACUCGGGGCUUCCGGCUCAGGCCGGAAGCGCGCUGCCCCGCCCCCUCCCCGUGA